CGAGCAUGUGUUGUGCGUGAGACGAGAUGGUCCAUUGACUGCGAGUGUGUUGUGCACUGCGUUUUGCUCCACAGAUAUCUGCCGUAUAAAGUAGCCAAACAUCUGGAAUCUUCACCAUGUCAGCCGCUUUCGGCAGCAGUGAACUCCUAUCCACGCCUCCGUCAGGGAAGAGGAACGGCGUGCGGCCGCUGAGCGGCGAGAAGAUGAAAAACAAGCACGCCGCCAAAAGCCCAAAGAGCAACGGUAGCAAGGGACUCAUGAAGAUAUUCAAGAAAGGGAAAGCCAAGGAGAACGGGGUGGUGCCCGUACGGCCAUCUUGUUUCGACGACGAUUUUGUAAAGAGGUCUGAGAGUCCGGACUCUCCUAGUCGUGGACCGGCCGCUGCUAGUGGAGGCGGAAAAUCCGGGAAGGCGAAAGAGGACCGAAGCUACGGGCUAUGGCGCUCAAAGGGGAAAUGUGAAUGGGAGAGUGAUUCAGGAAGGAUGCUGACUCUGAAACCAGUCGAGAUGAACAAACUCUCACAAGUCGAACUACUUGCCUUCCAGAGAGUGGCAAUCAACCAGCUACAGUCCAUGAACCUCCCUGUGUCACACGCCAUCAUUGCCGCGUCCAAGAAAGGCCGACUUUCUUUCAACUCGUUCAACAAGAGAAGGAUAUCUACAGGCAAUGACCAAGCUAUUGGUAUGUUUGGCCUACCAAUCGACAAAGUCGCGACAGACCGUACUGGUUCCAGCUCCGGAGCGGCCACACCGGUCAGCUCUAGCUCCCGCAGCGGUUCCCUCCAACCACCCUCCUCCCCCACAAGCACCGACACCAUCUUCCUGGAUAACGAGCCGAACCCUACGGCUGUCCUCCUUGAGGCACUCUCCAAGACCGACAGGGCAACUGCUCCUCCCUCUCCAAAAACGCAGCGUCAGAUCGCCCUCAGACCUUCGGAGCCGCGUGUCCCACCCAUCGUACGGAAGGCGAUUGAGCUACUCGACCAAAAAGCCGUCAUGACUGAGGGACUGUUUAGAAUAUCGGGGUCAAAGGCGAGAAUUUAUGAGAUAAAACAGAAGUUUGACAGAGGAGAAGAUGUGGAUUUGACUGAUGCUAAUCCACACGACAUUGCAGCUCUGCUGAAAGAGUUUUUCCGCAGUCUUCCGGAGCCUCUGAUGACGAGAGAGCUGUUUGGACCAAUCCUUGGAACCAGGAAGUUGUCCAGCUCCGCUCAGCGAAGGGACGCGCUGCGUCUGUUCUGCCUCCUUCUCCCCCAUGCCAACAGAGACACGCUCCAGGCUCUGCUCCAGUUCCUCUCCCGCGUGGCCCUCCACUCCGACGGCAUCAUCCUCAUCGACGGGACCCAGGAGACGGGAAACAGAAUGACAGAGCAGAACCUAGGGCUCAUCAUGGGACCCAACAUUCUACAUAAGGAGCAGAGGAAGACGGCGGGAGUGAAACCAGACUACCAGGUAGUCAAGCAGGACCAGGAAGAGCUGGAGGCGGUGUGUAAGGUCAUGGAGGAUCUCAUUCGGAUGCACACCUCCAUUUUCACCAUACCAGCGGGGCUGUAUGACCAGGCGAUAAAGGCCCUCCAGCCAAUGGACCCUGAGGGAGUGGACACUCUAUUGAAGAGGAAGUGUAUGGACCAAGGGUCAGACGGGGUUCGACGAGUGACCCCCGGGAGCACGCCCACCUCCACGCUGCGCCUGGUUGUCCCGCCCGGCUCCUCCCCCUCCUGGCGACGCUCCCGCUCCCUCAGCGACACAGAGAAGACGCUGGACGACGCCAUUCGAGAACUGGACAGUCUCCAAGUCAACAUCAGUGAUGAUCUCGAAGUGGCAAGGAGACAUCGUCAUUACUCCAGUAAUGAUUCUGCGAUGGGGGAAUCGGAGGUCGUUAUGUCCCCUGCUCCCUCUGCAGGGUCCGAACCCUCUACCCUCUCGCGACCCCGUGACAUCAUCCGUAACCGUAGCGACUCGGCGUUCUCUAACAACACCUCCCCGACCAACUCGAGCAACGAAGGAAUGAACACAAGUGACGCUCUCUCUCUGGAGUCGGAUCCCUCCUCUGUGGUCCACCAGCGGAACGCCAGCACAAUCAGCAGUACCAGUGAACCAGACAGACAGCUCGGGGAGGGCAGUCACACGUCGCUUGGCUCCGCCCGACCACACCCGACAUCAGACUCUGUCUCUCUCCCGACCUUUAGCCCCGAGCGUGAACUCGGGCACAACCUCUCUUCGCUCCAACCCUGCGAACGCUCCGUAUCCGACAUCCCCGCCCUCCGCUCUUCUUCUUCCGCCCUCCACAAGCAACACAAGGCCUCACCCACCGCCGGAGCAUCGGCGGCCAAGCACGGGAACCAGGACAAGUCGAAGCACAAAAAGAGGAAGUUGAAGACGAUGCCGUCGGUCGCGUCAUCGGGGACCUAUUUUCCCACACGCUCGCCAGUCCUCACCUCUCGCAGUGGACGGGGUCACUCAUCAGAGAUCCUCAGUGAGACAUCGGCCGAAGAGAGCUCGGCAAACCCCACCCCCACCCCUCCUACAACAACCCUCUCUCACAGCUCUGACUAUCUCCCAACAGCUAGUACCGGCUCCGGGUCAACCGGCCUCUCGGACGAUGGGACAGUGAUCUGACCACGCCCCCUUGUUUGCCACGCCCACUCAGCCUUCCCCCAUGACUGCCAGUCUAACCAUUUGUGUUGCUUCCAAUAAAGCUCUCUCAUUUGUUGAGCCUCUCUCUCUCUCUCUCGCUCUCUCCUCUUUCUAUCAUACCUUACUACCUGCAGACUAUUAGCUCUGAGUUAUCUAUUGCCACAUCAUAUGUUUGUUUUUUCACAUUUUUAUGUGACAAACUUUGUAACGUGCGUGUGUGAAUUAUAUAUCGUGUGUGUGUGUGUGUGUUGUGUUGUACUAGAGGGGUAGGCGUGUUGGUGUACUUUGAAAGUGUUGUUUUAGU